GCUCUGUGAAUUGCCCCAUGACAUCGGAAAAUGAUUCAUUUGCGGUACCUAUAUGUUCGCUGCAAGGACCUCAAGGAGCUCCCGCCCAGCAUUAAGGGGCUGCUCAACUUGCAGACUCUGGACAUAAGGGAGACUCUAGUCGACAAGAUUGACCCAGGCUUCUGGAAGAUAAAGACACUCCGACAUGUGCUCGCAGAGCAGCUCACGCUUCCAAAAACCCUGGACCUGGAGGAUGAACUGGAAGAGCUGCAAACGCUGCAUGGUGUGAAGCCCCCGGGAGGAGAAUGGAAUCAAGAGAAUUGUCCACUGCGCAAGAUGACCAAACUCCAGUCGCUCCAUUUGCUCGGAAUCGAGCAUGGUAGACACGGAGCUGCACUGGAGAGUGCUCUUAAGGAGAUGUGUCUCCUUGUGGACUUGAGUCUCCAAGGUGAUGUCAUCCCUCAAUGCGUCUUCACUGGAGAGGGCCUCCAAUACCUUGAGACGGUACAGCUGGAUGGCUCGAUGCGGUGGCCUCACGUCUCAUCCAAUGUUUGCAAGGACCGACCAAACCUAGCUCAGCUUAUACUGAAAAAAAGCAAUGACGCGGAGCUGGAGAAGAUGGGCUUCACGAGCUUUGGUACCGUACCAGGUGUUUAUCGGCGUCCCAGCAAACAAGGAGAAAGUGCUGCGGCAAACCAGAACGCUGAGCACAAAGAUGAAGCAAGCUCCAGCGCAAAGGAACAACCGGAAUUCCAAGGUGAGGAAGCUGAAGCAAUACCAGAAGACCGAGGCCUUCAGGGACAGAAGAUGAUGCAAGUUCGCAAACAAAAGGGAGAGAUGAUGCAGACCAUCCCUCGGUGCCACCCUAGGCCUCCAGUCCGGCCGCCUAUGCCUCCAGUGCGGGCUAGGCCUCCAGUCCCGCCGCCUAUGCCUCCGGUGCGGCGUAUGCCUCCAGUCCCGCCGCCAGUGGAGAAUAUUGCUCGAAGGCGCAGCAGCCACAGAACCUAAUAGCUACGUACGCUCCUGGACGCUGCUGCACACGGUCAAGCCUGCUCGAGAGGCGGAGAUGGACGCCUGGUGCGGGAGUGAUUUCAACUGUCUUUGUUCUUGGCCUUGUGCACCACUUUGUUGGAACUGUAAUAACUUCAAAUUGCGAGUUUAGUUGAGACAGAGUUUUUUACCCCGUAGUGUUGAUCCUGACCGAUCAGUAUCAGCGGGUUUUCUCUGUCUUGCAUUGAACUUGUUUCCCUUUAUUUCGUCUUGUGUCGGAGUCCGUCAGAAAUUGUUUCCAUUUGAGA